AUGGAGAUCCGCAAACUGAGCAUGUGCGGAAAGGUGAAGACGCGGAAGUACACUCGUUUGAACCGAGUAAGCACAAAGACGCUGAAGAAGAGUAUGUUCGGGCUGGAAAGCGUCGUCCAAGGACGAAUCAAGUUGCUGCUGCGUGGCAAGAAAGUCGGCUCUGCCAUAGAUGCAUGGAGUGAGGACGGUACGCAUUUCGUGGCAGUCAUCGGUGUAACUGAGACCGACAAGUAUCUGUUGUGCUUUUCGACUCUGACGGACGAGUCGGACAUGGGGUCAGACGCGAUUAUCGAGUUGCUUGACGAC